AUGGCGGGAAUAGGCUCAGAACGUGAAACCGGCAAGCCGGUUGAAGGAAGCAGCCCUACAAAGGCGGUUGCAGAAUCCUCGACCCCGGCUAUACCGCCGCCGCCGCUUACCCCAGACACCUCGAAACGAUUUACAUCUGUGAUUAAAUACUUUCGCUCUUCCAAAACUCGCAGCACUACCAUAUCCACAACUUGGCCUUCGAGAAGAUUUAUUUCCAAGAACUCCGCGAAACCUCCGUCGGAGGAAUCUUCCCACAAUAAGAUUUCUGAAGCGCUCCGUCUUGCAACACCAACUACUUCCAAAUCACCAGACCUAGAUCUAUUUCGAAGCCCCAGUUUACCCGUCCCCGCAGCUGUGUUGGAACCUGGCCUGAGGCAGAAUAUUGAGUUAGAAAGGAGAUUUCUAGAGUACCAGGAACCCAGGGAAACAGCUCACCGGAAAAGCUCACUACCUUUUCUUGAACCUGUAGUUGCUGAUUCUGUGCCAAAAAGCCCGCUGCGAACUGAAUCGCCGUUUGUGAAAGCAUUUUUUGAAUCAUCGCUUGUCCCGUCGUCUAACAACAAAAAAGGCGAUACAUCGAGCCAACCUACGGAAAGUGUACUUAAAGCCAUGUCAUCAAAUAAUCCCAUUGGUGGCCAGUAUGACUCAUUUCAAGAGCAAAAUGCGGGGCCGAGUACUACAACUGGGAACCUAACUGCCCAGUCACCAUUGCCGAACGGUCAAAAUUCAUCAUCCACUCCAACGAAUUUAUCGGGUUUGGUGUGUAAUGUACAUCGAACGACAGGGCGAGAUCCCCGUCCCCUCGUAGGGCCUUCUAGCACUGUUCUGGGAGAUAAGCUAUAUGUGUUUGGCGGGCGGGUACAGUCAAGAAGCAGACCCGAGCUAUUAACUAAUGAGAUGUACGAAUUGGAUUUGGUGCGUCGUCAUUGGACUAAAUUAGAAACAACGGGAGAUAUUCCCCCUCCACGUUAUUUCCACACUGUAUGUGCGUUGGGCGAUUCAAAACUAGUAUGCUAUGGCGGCAUGUCUGCGAAAGCUGCUCUUCCAAAUCAGCCACCUGCGACUCCAAACCAAACUUCCCAGCGGUCAGGAGAGGAAGCACAACAAGGAGUUGUGCUUUUGUCAGAUGUACAUAUCUUCGAUGUCCCUAGUAGAACCUGGGUUUUCAUUCCGACCGCCAAUGCCCCCAGAGGGAGAUAUGCCCACUGUGCAACGAUUUUACCCUCAGGAGCUACCUUCGGCUCCUCGAAUGCUCCCAUAUCCGCCCUCCACCAUAAUCCGUCUUCAUCCAAUCCACACCAAGGUACAUUAGGCGUGGAGAUCGAUGGAUAUGGCGGGGCGGAGAUGAUCGUCGUUGGUGGCCAGGAUACUUCGAAUCAUUAUUUUGAAGAAAUAAAUGUUUUCAAUCUGCGAAGCCUAAAAUGGACUUCGACCACCUCUCUUGACCGUAGUUGUGGGGCCUAUCGCAGUGUUGCUACUCCUUUGCUCGGAGUGAAGCCUUCUGAUAUUGGAGGUGGAGUUGAGGUGGAAGGGUUCAGGGACCCGACGAAGCCGGAUGCUCAGAAGCCAGAUCCACUGCUGUUGAUAUACUCGAAUUACAAUUUCCUAGAUGUCAAAUUAAACCUGCAGCUCCGUACACCUGACGGGAAGCUUACAGAGAAGUCGAUGAAUGGCACGGUUUCACCUCCUGGCUUACGGUUUCCUAAUGGGGGCAUUAUCAAUGGCCAUUUUGUGGUUAGCGGUACCUACCUUACAUCGUCCAAACAGGAGUACGCAAUGUGGGCUCUGGAUUUGAAAACACUCACAUGGGGACGUAUUGAUGCUGGAGGAGCAAUUUUUAGUCACGGGAGUUGGAAUCGCGGUGUUUUGUGGAGCCGGCGAAGCACAUUUGUUGUGAUUGGACAUCGGAAACGAAGUUUAGUUGAGGACUACAACCACCGGCGCAUCAAUUUCUCACACAUCUGCUUUGUGGAACUCGAAGCGUUUGGCCUGUAUGAGAAUCCACGACGAAGCGCCCCAACUUCGGGGUAUGUGUCCGUAAGCAGCCCCAUGGUACCUGCGUCGCUACAAGCAAAGAUUUCCCAGCAAGGUGCGGGGGGGCGACCAUUAUCUACGACAGCGGAAGAAUUAGGCAGGAUGGCUCUAUCACUUCGGGAACUGUCUGAUAUGGAGCUGCUCACUAUUGGCGGCGAACGUAUCCCAGUCAACUCUCACAUUUUGGCUCGUCGUUGGGGCCCAUAUUUUAUUCAACUUCUCCGCGAAUCUACAAUCGCAGAAGAGAACAUGUCAGAUGCUGCUACCGUACGCCAGCAGACUUCGUCUCACCCUAGUCGCAAUUCCAGCAUCACAAUAACACCAUCAGUGGGAAACAAUAGCAGUUAUUCUGCCGCGACUACCCUCAUCGGCCAUACAGGCUCAUCAUCCAACCAGAAGACCCCGCCGUCACUCCUUCCAAACCUUGAAAUCCCCUCCGCGCACACUCUUACACCGACUUCUCGCCCUAGAACCUUGUACCUCCCCCACACUCACCUAACCGUCCAACUGCUCGUUCAUUAUCUCUAUACUUCCUCACUCCCACCCCCGGGCUCCCAACUCUGUACUCCACAGAUCCUCUGCUCUCUCCUCCAGCUUGCACGACCCUACCAGGUAGAUGGCCUCCUCGAAGCCACGGUCGAACGACUCCACCAAGUGCUGGACGGGCGGAACGCUGCAGCAGUUUUUAACGCCGCAGCCAUGGCUGCUGGCGGUGGCCGUGGCACAGGCUUUGCCAGUGGACCUGGUGGAACCCUCGAAGUAUUAAACGGGGUCCACUCGCGUUCCAACGCCGUCGCUUCCGCCGUAGAACCAAUGAGCAUACUGAACCUCAACUCCAACUCAGACACGGAGUCCGGAGACACAUCGGGGCCACGAUCGGGUACCGUGGGUGGUGGACCUGGACAGUCCCAGCGCCGCACACCAAGCGCCCAGCGACCAGCAAACCUACGCAUCAACACCACAAAUCUCAACACUAGAAAUGCACCUGGUGGUUUUAGUGCGGGAGGCAACCGCAAUCGCGCUGAAUCAGUCAGCAGCGCGGCUAGCACGGCUACGUCUGCUUCAACAAAUACCAGUCUCAGUUUCUCUGAGUCUAUGGGCGCGGAUGACAUUGCUCGUCAUAAUGAUCCCAAUAAUAAAAACAAAGAUGAUGACAUAGUGGGCCACGAGCGCGGGCGGAGCAAGCCUGAACGGGAGAUUUGGACGGGUGAGAUUAGCAGCGUUGUCGGGCUACAGAAAAGGGGGUUACGCGGGUUGAUGGAGGGGCGACGGAUGAGGGAGAGGGGUGGGAGGCCGGCCAAUCCGCUUGGGGCAGCUGGUGUUGGAGGUGAGGAUGGAAAUUCCACCGACACUGGUGGAGCACCACCAGCGAUAUCUGCGGCUCCGGCUGGUGUUGCUGUAGGCAGUGGAUAG